AUGAAACAAUUCAUAAUCUUUACCAUAUUAUUAGUAUUAAUAACUCAACUUACUACGGCCAGUGUAAUACCAGCAUCAUCAAUAUCGGUUGAAAAAAGAGCGAUUAAUAAUGGAUUUGAACUAUGUCAAGAAAACACACCAAUAACUAUUGCUGAUUUUUCAUAUUCUCCAGAUCCGAUUAAGAUUGGACAAGAUCUCACUAUGAAUUUAGCUGGAAAAAGCACAGUCGGAAUUAGUGAUGGAACAACUGUUAAUAUUGUAGCAACCGUAUUUGGAGUUACUGUUUUAGAAAAAACAGAAGAUUUUUGUAGUAACGUCGUCAAAUACACACCCACUUUAACUUGUCCAAUAGCAGCUGGUGACUUCGAUUUUACAAUCACUCAAGCUAUACCAAAUGACAACAAACUUAGUAGUAUGCCCUCAAUUUUUACUCGUGUAAAAGACAAUUAUUCAACUGGUGAAUACAAUAAUAAUGAUGUGAUAGACAAUUAUUCAACUGGUAAAUACAAUAAUAAUGGCGUGGUAAACAAUUAUUCAACUGGUAAAUACAAUAAUAAUGAUGCUGGUUUUGAAGAAGCUUCCAUUCAAUUCACAAAAAAAUCUCCAAAUUUAAUCAAAGAAACCUCAAUCAAAAAACCACUCGACAGAGGUGAUUCUGUCAAACAUUUACAAACUCUUAUGCAGCCAAACUCAAAUUCAAAAUCUACAUUUAAUAAAAUUAGUGGUAAUGAAAGUAAUUUUGCUGCCAAGAAACCUGUUACAGCAUUUGAGAUAUUUCAAGCUUGGAUGAUAAACGAAGAUGGUAAUUUAACAGAGGCUAGAGGUCAGUUUGGAAUAACAUUUACAAUAGCAAAAUCAUCAGCACUGGUUCUUCAUGUGGACGCGGCAUUCAUUUUAUUUCCAGUUUGUAGAAAUUUAAUUUCAUUAGUUCGAGCAACACCAUUAAACAAUGUGAUUCCAUUUGAUAAGAAUAUCCAAUUUCAUAAACUGAUUGGAUAUUCAAUUGUCUUCUUCACCAUUGUACACACAGUUGCACAUUGGGUAAAUUUUUAUCGAUUGGCAAUUGUUGUAAGUCAAGGUGGUGUAGUCGAUUUUCUCAUACUAAAUUUUGCUACGGGACCUGGAGCAACCGGUUAUGUGAUGCUUAUAUGUUUAUUGAUAAUGGUAGUCACUUCAAGUAAAAAAGCUAGAAAUCGAAACUUUAAUACAUUUUGGUAUUUUCAUCAUUUGUUCAUACCUUUUUUUGGAGUUUGGGCUUUUCAUGGUGCUUUUUGUAUGAUCAAACCUGACAGACCACCAUUUUGUGAUGAUAUAGCAAGUUUUUGGAAGUAUUGGAUUGCAUCUGGUCUGGUUUACAUCGGUGAACGUAUAUUACGUGAAAUACGUUCCAGACGGAAAACUUUUAUUUCAAAAGUUAUAAUGCAUCCAUCGAAAGUUGUUGAAAUUCAAAUGAGAAAAGAUGGCAUUGUAUCUAAAGCAGGCCAAUAUGUCUUUAUAUGUUGUCCAGAAAUUUCAUUAUGGGAAUGGCAUCCAUUUACAUUAACAUCAGCACCCGAAGAAGAUUAUAUUUCAAUACAUGUUAGAGUCUUGGGAGACUUUACUGGAAAAUUGUUAACUAAACUUGGUUGUGAUUAUAAAGAAGAAGCAAAACUACGUGAAAAAAACAAGGAUCGUUUAAAAAGUAUUUAUGAUGGUGUUGAUAUUUCAUUGGAUAACCCAGGAUUACAAAAAGUGUUGCCCAGAAUUAUGGUUGAUGGACCUUUUGGCAGUGCUUCUGAAGACGCGUUUGAAUGGUUCCAAUCACUAUUAAUGGCAAUAGAAGAACAAGAUAUUGAUCAAUUUAUAGAAAUACAUACAUACCUGACUGGCCAAUUACGUAAAUCAGAAAUUGGCAAUAUAUAUACUAAUGAUGAUGGAACUCUUAAGGACACCAUCACCGGUCUCAAAUCACCAACUCAUUUUGGCAGGCCAAAUUGGGAUAAGAUACUUUCAAAUAUGAGAACAAAAUAUCCUGAAACUGAUGUCGGUGUAUUUUUUUGUGGACCAAAAGCACUUGAUAAAGUUUUACAUAACAAAUGUAAUUUAUGGAGCGAUGUAGCUGGUAGUGGCACAAGGUUUUUUUAUGGAAAAGGUUGUUAG